AUGGUGUCCCAGGCACUGCAGCUGCUCCGGCAGGGCGUGUGGGCCGCGCUCACGGGUGGCUGGUACCACGACCCUGAGCAGAGCAAGUUCACCAACAGCUGUCAUCUCUAUCUGUGGCUUUUCCUGCUGCUGCUGCCCUUGGCCCUCCACCUGGCUUUUCCUCCAAAUUCGAUCACUGCCUUUUUUUACUGCAGUUCAGUGACGAUAUUCUUCACAGUAAUCAAGUUGGUUAGUUAUCGCCUACACCUCAUGUUUGAUAAAGGGGAAGCAAUUCAGAAAGAGCCCUCCAGAGAGAAAGAGAAGUCAAAUCAAGACAAAGAGCCCAGCAGUGAGCACAUAACUAAUCAUAAAGCUCCAAGCAACAAUAGGCAGAUUAACAAUGGCAAGAAGGAAGAGGCUAGUCGCAGCCUAACCACACCGCCUCUGCACUGCAGCUCCCAGGGGCACAGCAUAAACUCUCACCACUCUUCUGGGCUACUGGAGAUGCCAGCACAGGAAACCGUGGAAGACCUCAAAGGCUUCAUUCUAUCGGAUGACCAACCUGUAGGACCUGUCCCAUGUACCUCUCCAGGUGCCAAAAUGGAAAACUUGCCCGUUUCUAAAGUGCACAUGCCAGAAACCAUGGCCACAUCAGCAAUACUCACAAAGUCAGCCACCCCAGAAGCCCUGCUCAAUAAUGAAGUGAAGGAAAGAGGAGGGAUGAUACAGGCCCCUCUCCACCACCGAUCUGCAGGCCGGCUGGCAGGAAAAGACACCUUGGAAAAGUUGCCCCAACUGUCUUUGUCUCAGUAUGACUUAAUAGAAACAGUCAUGGCUUUCCAGCCUGGGGGCAGCGAGAACUCCGUCCUGAUUCCAGAAACACACCACCCCAAGGGCUCCUCUAUCAAGGAAGCCAAGUCACCUCGGGAGAGCUUGAGCAGCAGCUGCGUUCAGUGUCACACCAUCGUUACCAAACCGGCAGAAGACCGGAGGAGCCCUUCCUGCCAAGUAGACCCUCCCUUCGUCGACGAAGUUACCUACUCCGGUAGUGAGGUAGCUGUUACCUUGAUUGACACUUCCCAACCGGGAGACCCAUUGAGCUUGCACGAGCCCAUUAAGAUUGUGAUCACGAUGAGCAGUACCUCAAACUCCAUGACGGACUUGGGAAAUCCUCUCCCCCUCCAGGUGAUUCGCACAGAGAGGACUGGUGCAAAGUCAGAUGCUGAGCCAGCAACACCAGGGUUAGCCAGACCUCCAAACAGGGAGCAGGUUCCAAUUCCUGUCAUCACCCUUGAACUCUCUGAAGAUGAGGCAGGAGGCACUGUUUGUCCUGAAGGCAAUGGGAAUGAAAGGAAACCAAAGAGUCUGAUAGUAGAGGCUUCUUCCAAUCAGUGCUCUGGCUAUGAAUCUGCGGCAGGAGGUGAUGUCACAAAAGAACGCUGCCCUGUUCUAAAGGACCACAGCGAAGCAUCCGCCCAACUCACAUACGCUAUGGCCUCAGAGUCUGAGGUGGAAAAGGAAGGUCACGCUACCCUUGACCCCUCAUCUUCUAAAAGCAGCCAUGAAAAGAGGCACGCCCGGGUACUCAGUGUGGAUAGUGGAACGGAUGUCUUCUUGAGUAAGAAUUCUACAGAAAUGCUUAGUGAUAAAGAGAAAGCAAUACCGACUUCCAAAUCUGACUUAGAGGCUAAAGAAGGACAAAUACCAAAUGAAUCCCACUUCUUAGAAUUUGUUUCCCUGUUGGAAUCAAUGAACACGUCCAAGGUAGUGGCUGUGAAUGAGCCGCAUGUGUCAACAGAGUGGAACAAAGAACACAGGCUUCUAGGAGACAACUGUGGUCAGGAGAAAAAGGAGGAAAUUCCGGAACGUGAAAAGCCCGGCGGAUGCAAUUCCAGACAAGGAAGAUCAGACGUGUCAAGUCAAGACCAUCCUAAUACCAGCCCUGUGUUCACAGAGCCUGCCAAGAUCACAGCCCUUUUUCAGGGCAGUCGACAAAGGCAAAUCAUCUACAAGGUAACUUCUCAACAAGAUAGCUCUGUCUUGCAAGUCAUCAGUGGGCCCGAGACAUCUGUGCAAGAGGAGACGUCAGUGGAUGCUAUGCAUGUCUUCAUUGACGAACAUGGGGAAAUUAGAUCCUGUUAUCUAAAAUCUGGGAAUCAGAAAGAAGGACCUUUGCAACACCAGUUGUCUAAUUAUGACUGUUUUUCUAAUACCAGAGAGGUCCGGAUCAGCUCCUGCAGUACUACGACCUCGGAGAGUCAAGAUGCCCCUUCUGGGGACCCUGCAGUCAGUGCCCUCCAACAACAGUUGCUGCUAAUGGUGGCUCGGAGAACCCAGUCAGAAACCCCACGGCAUCUGAGUCAAGACCUGGAGGACUCUUCAUGCUCCUCGACCCAAGGAAAAUUUAACAGAGAUCAGUUUUACAAGCUUAUUGUUUUCCCUGGCAAGUGGAUUAAAGUCUGGUAUGAUCGACUUACCUUGUUGGCAUUACUGGAUCGAACUGAAGAUAUCAAGGAAAAUGUGUUGGCUAUUCUACUCAUUGUCCUGGUUUCCCUUCUUGGAUUUCUUACCUUGAACCAAGGCUUUUGCAAAGAUAUGUGGAUCCUCCUCUUCUGUCUGGUCAUGGCCAGUUGCCAGUAUUCCCUGCUAAAGAGUGUGCAGCCCGAUCCUGCCUCACCAAUCCAUGGACACAAUCAGAUCAUAACAUAUAGCCGGCCAAUCUAUUUUUGUAUGCUGUGUGGUCUUAUUUUGCUCCUUGACAUAGGGGCCAAAGCCAGGCAUCCUCCCACUUAUGUUGUCUAUGGCCUGAAGAUCUUCUCUCCAGGGUCCCUGCAAUCAGCUCGGGACCACUUAAUGGCAUUUUUGUAUUGCUUCCCUGCAAUUUCCCUCCUUGGGCUUUUCCCACAGAUCAACACUUUCUGCAUUUAUCUUUUGGAACAAAUUGACAUGCUGUUUUUUGGGGGUUCUGCAGUGUGUGGGGUUCUGUCAGCUGUUUAUGGUGUGGCCCGGAGUUGUAUGGCCAUUGCUGUGCUCCACGUGCUGUGCUUCAGUGCCAUAAAGGAGCCGUGGAGUAUGCAGCACAUCCCAGCACUCUUUUCAGCCUUCUGUAGCCUUUUGGUCGCUGUUUCCUAUCACCUGAGCAGGCAGAGCAGUGACCCAUCUGUACUGAUGUCCUUUAUUCAAUGCAAAUUAUUACCUAAAUUUUUACCAAAAAAUUUGGAAGAGCUGGCGGCAGACCCUCUCCCAAAGAAGAUGAAAGCCUCUGUGAAGGACGUCUUACAGUCGGAUCUCAUUGUUUGCUCAGUGGUUGCUGUCCUCUCGUUUGCAGUCAGUGCCAGCACUGUGUUCCUCUCCUUACGUCCAUUUCUCAGCAUUGUGCUGUUUGCCCUGGCUGCCACUGUGGGGUUCCUCGUGCAUUACAUGCUCCCUCAACUCCGCAAGCAUCAUCCCUGGAUGUGGAUUGCACACCCCAUUCUGAAAAACAGAGAAUAUCAGCAACGGGAAGUGAGAGAUAUCGCCCAUUUAAUGUGGUUUGAAAGACUCUAUGUUUGGCUUCAGUGUUUUGAAAAAUAUAUCUUGUACCCAGCAAUAAUUUUGAAUGCCCUCACUCUUGAUGCAUUUUCAAUAAGCAAUUACCGGAGACUUGGUACCCAUUGGGAUAUUUUUCUGAUGAUCACUGCUGGCAUGAAGCUGCUACGAACUUCUUUCUGUAAUCCAGUUCAUCAGUUUGUCACCUUGAGUUUUACGGUCGUCUUUUUCCACUUUGACUACAAAGAGAUUUCAGAGAGUUUCCUGCUGGAUUUCUUCAUGGUGUCCAUUUUCUUUAGCAAGCUUGGGGACCUGCUUCACAAGUUACAGUUCGUCAUGACCUAUGUGGCUCCUUGGCAGAUGGCGUGGGGUUCUUCAUUUCAUGUGUUUGCUCAGCUCUUCGCAAUUCCUCAUUCUGCAAUGCUUUUCUUUCAAAUGAUUGCCACCUCAAUCUUUUCUACUCCAUUGAGCCCAUUUCUUGGGAGUGUCAUUUUCAUCACAUCAUAUGUCAGGCCAGUCAAAUUCUGGGAGAAAAACUACAAUACCAAGCGAGUGGAUAAUUCCAAUACAAGACUGGCUGUCCAAAUUGAAAAGGAUCCAGGGAGUGAUGACAAUAACCUCAACUCCAUCUUUUAUGAGCACCUAACAAGAUCCCUGCAGGAGUCCCUCUGUGGAGAUUUGCUUCUUGGUCGCUGGGGUAACUACAGUUCUGGAGAUUGCUUUAUUUUGGCUUCAGAUUACCUCAAUGCAUUUGUUCAUUUGAUUGAAAUUGGAAAUGGUCUUGUCACCUUCCAACUUCGAGGAUUAGAAUUCCGAGGAACAUACUGCCAGCAGCGAGAGGUGGAAGCCAUCAUGGAGGGUGAUGAGGAUGAUGGAGGUUGCUGCUGUUGUCAGCCAGGCCACUUGCCUCACCUGUUGUCCUGCAAUGCAGCAUUUAACCUACGAUGGCUCACGUGGGAAACCACGCGGACACAGUACAUCCUGGAGGGCUAUAAUAUCAUAGACAACAAUGCAGCCACCUUACUGCAGGUCUUUGACCUCAGAAGGAUUCUUAUCCGGUACUACAUUAAGAGCAUAAUAUACUAUAUGAUUACUUCCCCCAAACUCCUCUCCUGGAUCAAAAAUGAGUCGCUUCUGAAGUCCCUGCAGUCUUUCACCAAAUGGCAUUACAUUGAGCGUGACCUUGCAAUGUUCAACAUUAACAUUGAUGACGACUAUGUCCCAUGCCUUCAAGGAAUCACCAGAGCUAGUUUCUGUAAUGUUUACCUGGAAUGGAUCCAAUACUGUGCACGGAAAUGCCAAGAGCCUUCAAAGAUUCUGGACAGUGACGAGGACUCUCCUUUGGUGACUCUCUCCUUUGCUCUGUGUAUCCUGGGGAGGAGAGCUCUGGGAACUGCAGCUCACAGUAUGGCUCUCAGCCUGGAUUCCUUUUUAUAUGGUCUUCACACCCUCUUCAAAGGUGACUUUAGGAUAACAGCCCGGGAUGAGUGGGUAUUUGCUGACAUGGACCUGCUGCACAAAGUUGUUGCUCCAGCUAUCAGGAUGUCACUGAAGCUUCACCAGGACCAGUUCACCUGCCCUGAUGAGUAUGAAGACCCAAUGAUCCUCUUUGAGGCCAUCCAGUCGUUUGAGAGGAAAGUGGUGAUCUGCCAUGAGGGUGACCCGGCGUGGAGGAGUGCGGUGCUGUCCAACAGAGAGGAGCUCCUCACCCUACGGCACGUGGUGGACGAGGGCGCCGAUGAGUACAAAGUCCUCAUGCUCCACAAAAGCUUCCUGAGCUUCAGGGUCAUCAAGGUCAAUAAAGAAUGUGUCAGAGGACUCUGGGCUGGGCAGCAGCAGGAGCUCAUAUUUCUUCGCAAUCGGAACCCAGAGCGUGGCAGCAUCCAGAACAAUAAGCAGGUCCUGCGAAACCUUAUCAACUCUUCCUGCGACCAGCCCCUGGGCUAUCCCAUGUAUGUGUCCCCCCUCACCACAUCUUAUCUUGGGACACACAGGCAGAUGGAGGACGUCUGGGGCGGACCUGUUAGUUUGAGCCGCAUUUGGACCUGGUUCCGCACCAAGUGGUUAAGCAGAAUGCGGAAGGAUUGCCAUGCUGGCCAGCACAGUGGUGGCAACAUUGAAGAUGUGGAUGGAGGAGGGGCACCACCUGCAGGCCAUGCUCCAAGUGGGGAGAGCCAGGAGAGCAGCACAGAGCCACCAAGGAAGGAUGGGUGCCACAGUGGGGUUCCAACGGCAGGUAGAAGGAAAGGCAGGAGCCGGUCUGUCCAGGCACAUUCAGCUUUGAGCCAAAGACUGCCUAUCUCGAGUUUGUCAAGACCUGUCCUGGAAAGCCAUCAGACCUUCAUCCAGACAUCCACAUCAGUCCAUGAGUUGGCCCCAAGGCUAUCUGGAAGCCAGCUUUCCUUACAUAAUUCAGCUGCAUCCCUGCACUCCCAGCCACCACCAGCUACCACAACCGGUCACCUGAGUGUCCGAGAGCGGGCUGAGGCACUGAUCAGGUCUAGCUUGGGCUCGUCGACCAGCUCCACGCUAAGCUUUCUCUUCGGCAAGAGGAGCUUCUCCAGUGCUCUCGUCAUUUCUGGACUUUCUGCUGCCGAAGGCGGCAAUACCAGCGAUACGCAGUCAUCCAGCAGCGUCAACAUCGUGAUGGGCCCUUCAGCCAGAGCCACGGGUCAUGCCACACGGCACUUCUCAGAGCCAUGUGAACCCACUGAAGCUGCAGAGCAGGGGCGGCUCAGCAAUCGCCGGCUCACCGAAGCCAUGGCAGAGACCCCGGGAGUGAUGUGCAGACGGGCGAGCCAGGAGGACAUGGGGCUGGAUGACACUGCGUCUCAGCAAAGUGCUUCAGAUGAGCAGUAACAAGUGUUUUUCAGGACUGGACCAUGCUCACAGGGACUAUGGGUAUCUAGCAUGCGCACCUUCAUGAUUCUUCCUGUGACCACCCCCCAAAUGGAAAAGAACAAAUAUCAUCUUGGUGAGAGUUGUUCUAGAAAAAGGACUAAUUUUAAUUUUUGCUGAAGAAAGAAGAAUCAAUACCACCUGCCUCCUUCCCUUGAGCGCCUGCCUCAGCGCUACAUGGCUUGGGCCACACAAACAUACUUUUCAACAUUCGAAGUUCCAAAAAAUAGCUAUUUACUAUCUUGACAACAAGUAAAUAAUGUAGAGCACCUGAUUUGACUCUUUCCUGCCCUGAUGAUAGGACAACUGCACGUGAAACAAUUGGCACUGUAUAAAAUGCCACUGUUCCCUUGAACAGAAGUGCUCAGAGUCUUACUGUAAAAUGCAGCCAGGCUAAAUCUACUUCAAGGAAAACCUCACUUCAUUAUAAUCAUGCAGGUCUUAGGUGCACAAUCAAUCAUGGCCUUAUUACUAGAAGACAGGCGAUAGUGCAUGCAGUCAUGUCUGAAAUAUUCACUGAUGAGCCAAGUCAGAUGACAUGCGUAGAACCUAAUAAUGGUCAGUGCAUGGAAAGCCCUCUCUGAUCUCCAAGCCCAUCUGAUUGCAGUCUCUUAAGCAGCCAGCCCUCCUUGGGCUUACCAGAAACACCUUUUUUCCCCUUUUCUUUUCCCCAGCACAGCAGUACUCACCGUGCUGCCUGACACCUGCACACACCUUUGCUUUUACAAUUAAAAUGUUUAUACCUAC